GAAAAAACAAAACAGGCUGGGAGAAGCUCGGGGAUGGAAUGGUUACCCUGUAUGCACAGGACCCUAGAUUGCAUCCCAGCACUGCCAAUAAACAAAACAUGCAACUUGGCCACCAAGCACCCAGAACUACGCGCAGUAAGACAUCUGUCAGCAUGGAACGUCGGGGCCUCUGGAGUCAGGGCUGUCAAGCAGAGCACAUCCUCAGACUGGCUUUCCAGCCUGAUCUUGGGCAGGGUAAGACGCCUCUAGACUCAUGUGGUGUCAUGUUAGCUGUUUCCACUCUUAAACAGACAUGAGCGUGAUUUAACCUGGGCUCAGAAGCAGGUCCUUGGCAACCUGACAUGGACCUGAGGGCAUAAUCAAAGGGGUGGGGUCUUGAUGGUCUUACCCGUCCACCUUUAGUCAGCCGGAUCCUGUCAGGGACGCGCAGCAGAGGGGCUUGAACUUGGGUGGUCAUUGUUGUCACACUUGAUCUCUCCCAGGGCAGUUUUCCCUGGAGCCAGCCUUCUGAGACUGAGCAGGCACCACGAACAUUCCUCCAUACACAGAGGGGCUCCGGAGACAGUGAGAACAGGACUGAGACAGGGAUGGACCACUAGCCUUGCUUCUGCCCCAGCCCAUUGUGACCUCCCUGGCUGUACCCAGGCCUUUGUGACUGUCACCCUGGGUAGAUUUGUGAGCCAGGGUGACAUCUAAAGUGCCCUCAAAGAGAGUGGCAGGUCAGCCAGGCCGGAGCCUGGACCUGGGGUCAGAAAGGGGUCACAGGGAGGAAUGGAGGGGCCGAACCCCCUGGGGCCCUGCGGACACUCUCAUCCCCAGUGUCCCCCAGCCCCCGUUUCGAGCAGUCACGGAGGAUGCCUGGAUCAGCCCUGUCAGGGAUAUGUAAGGUGGCCCUGUCUGGUCCCCCAUCAGUCCACUCAGUCAUUAGAGUCUUCCAGACCUUUCCCUGCUCCAGGGACUGGGGGUGGGGGGCCCAGAGUGGGAGGAGAGGCAGCGGGGAUGUUUCUGUCAAGUGAAGAAGCAGAGAUGCCGAGGCAGAGAGCUCGAGAGCCAGCAGGGUCCAGACAAGAAGCGGAGGCCGAGGUAGAGUGGGGCUGGCCCCUGCAUGCAGGGCAUGAACAGGUGCCACCUAGGCCGGCAGCAUCCCCCACCUCAGGACCCAGGCCCUGCCCAUGCCCAACCAUGCCUCCCGGAGGAGGGGCCGCAGCCUCACCCAGGACAGCUCCCACGAAGCUCCAGAGCCGGGGGACACUGGGAUCUGCAGAGCAAUCCUUUCUACAGCUGGAGCAGGAGAACUACAGCCUGAAAAGACAAAACCAGGACCUGCGGGACCAGCUGGGGGCCCUCCUGGGGCCAGGGCAGCAGUUCCUGCCUCUGUGUGCCGAGCACUCAAGCUGCACAGCCCUGGCCUGGGUAAGAGGGAGUGCGCAGCCCUGGACCCCGGCAGCAGCGCCUCGAGCUGUCCACAGCCUUGGGCAUGACCUGGGGGCUUUCCCGUCCCCUGAGUCUGCCUGCACCCGGCCCCUGGAAGACAGGGCACCUGUGCAGCUGCCGCCGCCGCCACGGCAGGAGCUCUGCCGGGGGCAAGAGUCCUUUGUGCGGCAGUCCCAGAGUGAGCUGCAGCAGAUCCGACUGUCCUUUGAGAGGAAGAAGAUGGCCAUUACUGAGGUGUGGGACGGUGUGGCUGAGGUACACAUGGCUCUGAACAACCAGGCCACCGGGCUCCUGAACCUCAAGAAGGAUAUCCGGGGUGUGCUAGAUCAGAUGGAAGACAUUCAGCUGGAGAUUCUGGGGGAGAGGGCCCACUGCCGCACUCAGGCUAGGAAGCAGCAGCAGAUAUCAUGCAUGGAGAAAGACAGGCCACAGCUGGGAUGUCCCGAGGGCCUGAAGAGCCAGCUCUGGCUGCUGGCCUUGAGGCUGCUGCUGGGUGCUCUUCUGGCCUGCACAGCGGCCUACGUGUACGUGGUGGACCCCGCACCCUUCGAGGGGCUGGUGCCACCCCUGCUGAGCCGAGCCGCCGUCUGGAAGCUCAGGGCCCUACUGGGUCCCUUCUUGCGCCUCGAGGUGGACGACUUCCUGCCUUUCUAGGCCAGAGGCACAGAGGCCCCAGGAGGAGGAGGCCAGGUGGCUGGCGCUGCCCCCGGGGCCCGGUGGCUUUAACUGGUUCCUGCCUGCCUACAGCCCUGCUGCACAGUCCCUGCCAGGAGCGGCAGAGAGGGGUGGAGGAGGGGCUUGUCCUGAGGGCUGGGCCUGCAGCUGGACAUACAGUCAUGACACACUUUGCA